GUUUUAGACGCAUUCACCCCAUUUCAUUGAUUGCAUUUCUUCUUCUUCCCUUACAGAUUCAUCGUCUGCAAAACAAACCGGUGUCAUGGGUGCGUUUACGUGAUGGCCAUAUCAUUUCCGUGGAUCAGACCACUUUUAUUGCCGAUGAACGAUUUCAGGCAAUAUUUCAAGAUGACAAAGAGUACACCUGGUCGCUGCAAAUCAAAUAUGUACAACCAUCCGAUGAGGGUUGGUUUGAGUGUCAGGCUAGCUCGGAGCCCAAAAUGAGUGCGAAAGUCUAUUUGAAAGUGAUUGUACCAUUAACCGAACUGAUUGGUGACCAAUCACGUUUUGUUAAGGCCGGCAGCAAAGUGGCACUGCAUUGCAUUGUGCGUGGCACACUGGAUCCGCCACAGUACAUUAUCUGGUAUCGUGAUAAAACACAAAUAAGCGAUGACAAUAAACUGGGCUGGUAUACACAAUUGGAUCGAAAUAUAUUUGGAAAUAAUGGUGAUAAUGAAAAUACGAUUGGAUCACUUAUUAUACCAUCUGUACGUAAAGUGGAUUCCGGAAAUUAUACCUGCCAGCCAUCGAAUAGUGCAUCUGUAUCCGUUGACCUACAUGUGCUUAGCGGUGAAUACUCAGCAUCGGCCAUUAUGUCAGCAGCACGAACUUAUGCCCUUAAUGAUGCGUAUCUGUUGAUUUUACUUUUAUUGAUGUUAUUACACAAUACGUGAUUGUUGAGCGAAAAUACGAAUUAAGUGCAACAAUUAAUUUAAAUUUAUCGAC